AUGGGAGAAAACCUGGCACCGGCGUGCAUCGCCACGACCGUAGCAACGACAGGAAUAGAACAGGCCGAGGCCGGGUCAUCCGGUGCAACGGUAGCUAGUGGUCGUUACGAAGAUGGUGAUGGAUUGGCUGCUAGUGCUAGGAAACCGGUGUCGAAAAAGUUCUUUUCCCUCCUCUGGGGCGAAAAGAUAAAGCAUGACGUGUUUCGACGAUGGUUGCAAGGGUUCUCUUUCAGUGAUUUCGAACCAUCCGCUUUGGUGCAGCGUGAUGGCGGACCCUGUUGUGUAAUAGCCCCGGUCCAAGCGUACCUGCUGAAGAUACUGCUCAUGGAAUCGCCGGAACAUGGUUUCAAUGAGCUUACGGCAGACAAAUGUAAAACGCUUCUGAUACAAGCCGUCUGCCAGAUACUGAUGAAAUGCAAAACGGAAGUGUAUCGUAUCGUGACGCUAGAGGACGAAAGCGAUGCAGGAUCGAUUUCAACUACAGCAACAACCAACCGGUGUGUCGAGUCGACCGACGAUGAAGCGGGUUGUUCGGGAUAUUCCCAGCAACAGCACGAUAGCAAUGAAACGCACCGUCCUGGCGUAGACACGCACGAUGCCGCAUUAAUUCACCCAUCGGCGAUAGCACGGACAGAGAGUAUAUGGACGUCGGAGGCAUUUCAUGAACGGAUUCGGUUUCGCGAACAUAAACACAUCGACGAUGUUCACAAGUUCUAUGUGCAAAAUUUUCACGUGCUAACGGACGAAUGCGGUGUACUACUGUUGCUCUACACUGUUCUGCAGACCAAGGGGCUAGAACACAUCUUGUCCGAGAUGUCCGAUCCGAACGAGUCGUUGAUACAUGAUACGUAUGGUUGCGGAAGCCAGGCGCUGAUUAACCUGAUGCUGACCGGACGUGCAGUACCCCAUGUGUGGGAUAACGAGCAGGAUGUUGGAGGAAUGAAGCUGAAAGGCAUUAACCAGCAGUCUGACAUCGGUUUUAUUACUGUAAUGGAACAGCUGCAGUACUGCACCGUUGGUUUCUUUUAUAAAAAUCCAAAGAACCCCGUGUGGGUGAUGGGCUCCGACACUCAUUUGACAGUGUUGUUUAGUCACGAGAAACGGCUUGUGUCGCCGGAAACUCCCGGCGAGAUAGCCCGCCGCGUCUUUCGCCAGUUCGAUCCAGACGAAAGCAACUUUAUACCGAGCCCAGUGUUGCAGGACGUUUUGUGUGCACUGGAACUGGUCAGCGAGCCAGAGUACGUGGAGUUGAUGCGGAGUCGACUAGAUCCGGAAAAUCUCGGUAUUAUCUUACUAAACGCGUUCAUGAAUGAAUUUUUCCCGGACGAGAAAAAAUCCACGCCGGACACAUUUGAUUUGCUACAUUACAAUGGUAUCCCGAACUCCAACUAUGGCAACGUGGUGAAGUACAGCAGGGGUCAGGCGGUAUUGCUGGAGAGUGAUGUGCGCAUGUGCAAUCCCUCCGAUCCGAUGCUUACAUGUUUGCAAACCAAAUGGCCCAACAUUGAGGUGAACUGGAGCGGCCACCGAACACCCUCUCUUAAUUGA